AAUGCUCCCACAUUGAGGAAUUUAUGCUGGAUUGCCUCAGUUUUCCACAUGUUUCCAGUUUCCACCCCUUUACUAGUCUUGUAACUUGUUCUUCAAUUCUCCAUUGUAAGCAGUAAGCUAUUCUUCCCUUUGUGUUUGUUGCUGAUUCUUUCUGGUAAUAAAGGGUGGGGAUUGGGUUUUGAAAUUGGAUUUAUCCAUUCUAGUAUGAAUUCUGAAAAAAUUGACUGACGAGGAGCUUUAUGGUAUUGACAUGAACAAGGAUGCAGUGAGCAUAUUUUUAGAUCAUUAUAAUGAUGGGAUUCUGACAUCCUGUGACAACUAUAUUUAGAAAGGAUUUCUUACUCCUUUCCAGUUUUAGAAACAUUUGGGAUUUGUGCUGUUGUUAAAUAUUGAACAAAAUGAGUCUUAAGAGCAAUGAGGGUUCAAACCAUAAGAGAAACCUUACAUCAAAGCCAGAAGUUUCAAAAAAUCAUAAUCAUAGAGAUGCUAUACCUGGGACAAAUCUGUGGACAGAUGGGCUUAUUUGUGGUUUUGAGUAUCUGCGAGGUCGUCGUAAAAUGCAGAAGCAGAAAACUUCAUCACAAUAUCCUUACCCAAGAAAGUUGGAAACUGAUGAUUCUCAGAAUCAGAAGCAAAGUUUUACAUAUGGAGAAACUAAUAUUAGUGGUCAAAAUGGGAUAUAUAAUCAGGAUUCUCUUUACCAUACAGAGUUAGGAUCUUAUCAUUUUCCUGUUUUGGAUGAUCAAAUGGGUAACCAAGCUAGCAAAAUAGAUCAGUUCUAUGAAAGCCGUUGGGUGCCCAUUGGUUGGAGUAGAAUAUCUGAACUUGUUAACGAAGUUCAAGUAGAUGUUGAUUGGGCAUCUCAGCAAUUUGAAUUUAUGGAUACGGAGGAUGAGGUUACGGUGGCAGAAUUAGCCGCCCCGUAUUGGGAAAGACCUGCGGGUCCUGUAUGGUGGUGUCAUGUAGAUGCAACUCACCCUAAUAUUACUUCAUGGCUUAGCAGUGCUCAGUGGUUACAUCCAGCUGUUAGUAUUGCUUUAAGAGAUGAAAGCCGAUUAAUAAGUGAACGGAUGAAGUACCUUCUCUAUGAGGUCCCAGUUAGAGUCGCUGGAGGGAUUUUGUUCGAGCUAUUGGGGCAGUCAGCUGGUGAUCCUCUAGAUGAAGAUGAUAUUCCUGUCGUUCUACGUUCCUGGCAAGCACAGAACUUUUUAGUAACAGCAAUGCAUGUCAAGGGAUCUGCGUCAAAUGUAAAUGUGUUAGGAGUGAUGGAAGUUCAGGAGCUUCUUAUUGCUGCUGGUUAUAAUGCACCAAGAACAAUACAUGAAGUUAUUGCUCAUCUAGCCUGUCGUCUUGCCCGUUGGGAUGAUAGAUUAUUUAGGAAAUCUAUUUUUGGUGCCGCAGAUGAAGUUGAAUUGAAGUUUGUGAAUAGGAGGAAUAAGGAAGAUUGGCAUCUUUUUGGUGUGAUUCUUAACCAAGAAGUUCGAAAAUUAUCAAGACAGGUCAUUAGAGUGAAGUGGUCACUUCAUGCGAGGGAGGAGAUCAUAUUUGAGCUUCUUCACCAGCUACGUGGGAAUGCAGCAAGAGGCUUACUCGAAUUGGUAAGAAAGAGUACAAGGGAAAUGAUUGAUGAACAAGAGGCAGUUCGUGGUCGAUUGUUUACCAUUCAAGAUGUUAUGCAGAGUAAUAUUCGUGCUUGGCUGCAGGACCGAAGUCUUCGAGUUACACACAAUUUAGCGGUCUUUGGUGGAUGCGGACUUGUAUUGUCUAUCAUAACUGGGCUCUUCGGCAUUAAUGUUGAUGGAAUUCCGGGUGCUAGUAACACACCAUAUGCAUUUGGUCUGUUUACAGGAAUUCUACUAUUCAUAGGGGCUAUUCUGGUUGGGGUUGGCAUAAUAUAUCUUGGACUGAAACAGCCCGUCUCUGAAGAGCAGGUAGAAGUGAGAAAAUUGGAGCUCGAGGAAUUAGUCAAGAUGUUUCAGCACGAGGCAGAAACUCAUGCUCAAGUUCGUCAAGAGAAUCCUCAGCAGAGUUUUCCUUCAGAGAACUUCCCGCAUGAUGCUGAUUAUGUGAUAAUUCAAUAAGGACUCGGUUUUUCACUAUGGUGUGAAGUUGACAUCCACUCGGCUUUUUCGCAUUUUCAAGGGUAAAAGUGAGUGAAGAAUAAGGAAAUUCAUUCGCAACUUCAUGCAUGUAUCUUGAUAUCUUACGAUCGCAAAACUUGGGCAAUUGUAGGAUUUUUGAGUACUGCUUUCGAAAUGUAAACGUGUUGAUAUAAUGUAUCAAGAAUUUGUGUACAUAUUGUUUCUAAACUAUACAAGUAUCUUAUGUGUUGAA